AUGGAAUAAGAUAGUGUUUAAACACAUUAGAAAUCAAUUUUUAUUUUAGAAAGCCCUAAAAGUAAUUUUGAAAAUAGGUUUAUGAAAUAAAAUCUAAAAAAAUAGAUUAAUUAUCUUUAAGGAGAUGAGGAUUCAAAUGCUGAAAAGGAAAUGGUUUUAAUUUCCGAUGACAUAGGAUCAAAUUUAUACUUUGAAGAGAAUAUAAAAGAUGUAGAAUAAAUGAAAUAAAUAUCAAAAUAAGAUAGGAAAUAAUUAAAUGAGCAACUUAAAGGACUAAUCCUUGAGCCAAAUUUUAAAUAAAAUGAUGCCACAUUUGAAUAAUCUAAUUAAGAAAUUAAAAAGCUAGAAAAUGAAUAAUAACAAUUAGAUCCUCAAUAAAAGAACCAAAAUGAUUUAGAGGAUAAAAAGGCAACUUUAUUGAAACAAUCAACUACAGCUAAUAUAUUCGAAGAUGAGUACUUUGGAGAAGAUUCUCAAAAAAAAGUAGAAAAAAGAAAUAAAUUUAUCAAUCCUGAAACUUUUUAUAGACUCAGAGAUCAUCAUGUUGAUUGGGAUAAUUAAGUGUUUUUUGAGAUAUUUUGGUAUCAUUUACUAUUUUAUUUUAUGGUAGGACCAAUUAUUAAUUUGAUAUACUGGAAGAGAAGAAUUCUAUUUAGAAAUUUGAUGUUUUGGGGUAACACAUCCUCUUUUUAUACUCAAUUUCUCUUCUACAAAUUCAACAUCAUGACAAUAUUUCUUUAUUUUCUUUAAUCUUCUUAGAAUAUAUAUUUAGUAGAAAUAAUUUUUACUAUCAUUAUUAUGGUAUUAAGAUGCUACGUUAUUGCUUGCAAAUAUGCUACUUUCAAUCCAGACAAGAUUAAGCUUUAUCGAGAUUAUAUCUUGACAUAGGAAUUUUUGGUUGCAGAUUUUUAUCUUGCUAGCUGGGUAGACUAAGAUGACAGAACUUUAUAUAAAGAAACUUAUAAUGCUCUUUAAAGAGGUGAAUUAGAUCCCUCUAUGUUUUACAUAUCCUUCUUUGUUGAACCUUCAACUCAAUCUUAGGAGGAGAUAGCAUAGUUAAAUGAUAAUAUUGCAAAGCACCACUUUUAUACUUCUUCUAAAUAUUAACCUUUGUGUAUUUUUCCUCUUCAAUAAACUUAGUAUUUUUUUGGGUAUUCUAUUUAUGGCUAUAUUAUUCGUAGUUUUACAAAAGAAAAUGGAAGAAAAAUAUAAAUUUUAUACUCUAUGGUGCUAUCUAUAAUGAGAACAUUGCUUCCAAUAGUAUAUAGAUAUAUAUAAAGAUAAAAUUUUGAAUUUAAACCUAUGGAAAUUGUUCAGAUAACUUCUAUGUCAAUUAAUAACUUUUUUGGAUAUUUCUUUUCAUUUGUUUUUCUCUUUUUCUAUAUUCGAGAUAUGAGACUUAAAGAUUACACUCUAACUUAAUGUAAAUUGAUGCUCUAAGUAAAAAAGCUCCAUUUAAAUGAAAAAAAAAUCCUACCUACAAUAGAUAUCAUAAACCCAUAUUCUUUGAAAGGUUGGUCGAUUUUAAGAAGAAUAUGCUUAGAUUAUGGGAAAUAAUAUAUUUUAAGAAUUUAAGCUUAUUUAACAAUUUAUUUUCUAUAAAUUUUUAUAACAUCAAUUAUUUUGAUGCUUUGGAUUUUAAAAGUUUAUAAGCUUGAUGAUAUCUAUCCUGUAAUCUGCUUAUUUGAGCUAAUUGUUACUUUUUCUAUCUUAAUGAGUAUAUUAUAUUUAGGUAGUAUGCUUAAUGAGUGCUUUGAUUAAUUCAAACUAACUCUUGGAGACCAUAAAGUAUUGUUUUUAGAUAUAAUGAGAAUGAAAGAUGUUUAUUUUUAGGAUUAAAAUUUUACACCAACAAAUUUUGUGCUUAAAAAAAGUUUGUUAAAAAUAAAAAAUGCUUUGAAUUUAAAAAACUAAGAAGUUAAUGAUGAAAACAUAAACGAUUAUUUAAACAAACUUCUAAGUAGUAUAUCUGAUUGUGAAAAUGAACUUGAAUAAGACUAACGAAGCUAACCUUUUACACUCUAUGGAAUAAAAAUGACCCUAGCUUUAUUUCAAUAAUUGUGUAUUGGUAUUCUAACUUUAGCUGCUGGUUUUAUCUAGCUUUAUUUAUUUAUUAACAAAAAAAUUAGCCUUAAUUGA